CACACAGACACGUACACUCUCAAUAUGUAUGUGUAUAUGUGGGUGCGAGAGCGAGCGAGAUAGCUGGAGGACAUUUCCUUUCGCCUCUUUCCGGUGCGUUGAAAGUUUCGCCUUUCGCUUUUCGUUCGCUCGAUGUUUUUCUUUUUUUCUUUUCUUUUUUUUUUGGUGUCUUUCAGUUGGCGUCGAGCAUUUCCUUAAGGCAAACGCGGCUCUGAUUUUCCCUCCGCAGUUUUUCCGUUCAGCGCGUCAAGGAAAUACAAGAAUAUUUCGAGUUUGUCCCCGAACAAAAUCGUGCACAGUGCUUAAUAUUCAGUGUUGAUCAUGGCUCUGGUGGCCCAUCGCAUGAUGCUGCCCGCUCGGCGGCGUCGCACCCAUCAGCAGGUGGCCCGAAAUAAGGUCGGAGUCCUGCUGGUGCCCAGCGUGGCGGAGUACUGCGGCAACGAGCAGCUUCAGCUGCAGCCGCAGCAUCUGCCAAUAGCCCCCGCAGCCACCCAGCUGCAACAGCCUUCGGAGCAGCAGGACGCCGAAAGCGGCAGCGGAAAAGUGAGUGCAACAAGUAUGUGCAACGCUCUCAGAUUUGGCUAGUCUCCAUUGCAUGCAUAACGGAAGGGGAAAGGGAUUCCCUGUUCUCCCACUCCCAUUUCCGGCCAGUCCAAUGUCUGGCGCGCCCCUUCUCGCUUAUCCCUCAUUUCCGUUUUUCCCUUUCCCUU